AGUUGACUCUCUGUGUGUGAACCUGGUAGUUCUCCGUACGCCAUACUGUAUUUGACAAACAGCCUGUUACAGCCCUUCGUAAAGGCAGAUGACUAAUGGGUCUACAACCACUUCCAUUGCUUGAACAUCAAACAACUACAAUAUAGUAUACUGUCAGGACAAAGACAUAGACCGAUAUUUGCAGAAAUACUCGCUCCGGAAAGAAAACACAACUAUCUCAACAUGUCUAUCCAACGGAUCGCAUUCAAGGUCAGUGGUACCGUUCAAGGUGUCGGCUUCCGUGACUUCACACAGAGGCGUGCAGCCGAGUUUGACUUAAAAGGCUGGGUGAGAAAUACCACCUGUGGACGGGUCGAGGGCGAAGCCCAAGGAACUCCAGAGUCCAUCCAAAAACUGCUCAAGGAAAUCAACAACGGCCCACGACUGGCGCAUGUUGUUAAAGUGGAGAAGAAGGAUCUUGCCGUUCAGGAUGGGGAGGCCUAUUUCGGAGUCAUGCGCACCUCCGAGUCGGCUUUUGAUGCUACGAACUGAUCUCAUUUCUUAAUGUGUGACUGUCAUUAGGCGGAUUUGGGGCUUUGAGCGAUUGAUUGUAUGUACGUGUAUACCAAUGAAUGAGGUGUGUAUAUACUAAGCUGUGUGAACAAUGUUUAUGUAUACACUCCUGGAUGCCACUAUGAAUGCCAACGUGAUCGAAGGAAAUAGGUA